AAAACCGAAAAUAGCUGCACGAUCAGCUGCUAAGCUUUAUCUGUUUACGUUUGGAAAUCGGCUUGAGGAAACGUUCGAAAAACAAGAAUAAUUUUAAAAUUGGGGUUAUUCCUAAUUUAUAAGAUCAGCAUAUGUUGAAGCUUAUUUAAUUGCUUCAUUUUUUGAGUAUUUUAGCUUAAGAGUUUCUCUGAUGAAACUUAUUUUUACUUGCCCGUCUUUAUCCAAGAAAUACAAUAACGACAUUGAUUUUUCAUAGCAAAAUUCCUGUAUUUCGUAAUAAUUUUAAGCUCCUUAUUUGUUCAGAUUAAUGUCCAAUCAAUAUUUUACGCAAUUGCAAUUUGUCCGAGAUUUAACUAGGCUGUGUUUUACGUUAAAAGUAUUUUAUAAAAUAGAAUUGUGGUAAUAAAAAGUAUAUCCAUAAUUAAAAACUUGCCUCGUUGUUUAUAUAAUAAUUUGUUGAAUUUUUGCACUGGAUACUUUUUAGAGUGGAUAGAUUUGUUCAGAAUUGAUUGAAUGUAUUUUAAGUAAAAUGAUGUUUUUAGUCUGAAAAUAAAAAAAAUGGAAGCCUCGGAAUUAUGGCACAUAACCCCGGAUCCAGUAUUAUUGUAUAUUUUUUCUCAUUUAAGUGCAAAAGAUCUGUUGAAUGUGAGGAAAACUUGCAAGAAUUGGCAUCGUCUCGCCAAUGAUGAACUGUUGUGGAAGAGACUUUUGCACAAUGACUUUAAAAUUGACAAGAAUAUUCCAAUAGCACCUGGUAAGUAUUCUUGGUUCAAUGAAUACAAGAGACUGAAGUAUCACACACCAACACAUCAGACUGAAGUGCUGGUUGAACACACUCAUCAGGUGCUUCAUGUCAGCUUUUCACACAAUGGAGAGAUGUUUGCAAGCAGCUCUAAGGAUGGUUAUAUUAAGGUGUGGAAUGCUACCUACCCGGCAACAGUUUGUCACAGUACGGAUAUGAAGUCUUUCAGUUGGAACUACACACAGUUUUCUCAGUUCAAUGAAACAGACACUCUUCUCUUAGUAUCUGGUGUUCAUUUUGGUGCUCACACAGCAUCAGGAGAGAUUGCAGUAUUCAAUCUUCAAAGAAAUUUUACUCUCCAGUGUCGUGUAUUGAAUAAGCCAUAUGAUAUUUUUGGUACCUGGUACACAGAUGAAUAUCUGCUGUCUGGGAGACUUCAUUUUCUUGGACAUUUAGUUUCUUGUUCAGCAUUGUGGUUAAACAAGGCAUGGCAGGAAUCUGAAUCUGAAAAAAAGCCCAUUGUGAAGCGUCUGUUUAAGUUUUACAACAGAAAAGCCAGCUCAAUACGUACUAUUACUGUGGCUAACUGUCACAUGUCAGAUUUCAAACUUGACAGCAUUAAAGAACCCCACUCAUCUUCUGAAACUGUUACACACGGAAACCCUGUGUCCAGAGAUGCUGUGGCAGCUAAUAACUGGUCUCGUGUGAGAGGGCGGACACUAGAACUGGCCAAAGGUUCUUUUCCCCAGGAUAUUAAGGUUCACUUCACUGCUGAGAGUAAAGAGGCAUGCACCAUGGAAAGUCCGAUAAGGUACAGUCAAGAAUACCGUCGUGCUGAGGUCCAAUCUGAGUCGAGUGAAGAAGAAGAGAACACUAGCUCUGACUUUGAAGACCCCCUGCUUCCAUGGGAUGAAGAGUGGAGUGGACUCAGUGAGGAAGAGAACUGCCAACAGCAGCAUUUUGGUCGAAGAAAGAUGAAGUCUCGUAAACUGUCUCAGAAGAAGACCAACAUUCAGCAAGAGGAAGAAGAGAGUGAGGCAGGAGAUAGUUUGGAAGAGGACGGGAGUGUUGGGAAAAUUCUAGACCCAAGAGAGAAAUUCUUAAUUUUUACCACUGGCUCUUUGACUUACACACCACACCAAAUUGGAUUCAAGCGGAUUAAGCCCUUCAAAUUUGCUGAGCGAAUCACAGAGACUCCCACAUUGGUGCAGCGUAUUGCUGAGAGGCAAGAAAGAAACCCAACUGCAUCUCCCAAUUGGUAUGAUGAGCAGAGUGUCAUGCAUUACUUUGAUAAAAUCGACCAUGUCAUUGAUUUGCAUGGACACAUCAUUGGAAUGGGACUCUCUCCUGACCACAGAUACCUGUAUGUGAACAGUAGGCCAUGGCCUCAGAACUAUGUGAUAGAUAAUCCAUUAAGCCCUCCACCCAUAGCCCAAGAGAUAGAUAUACAUGUCAUUGAUCUUUGCACUCUAAAAGAAGUUGGUACUAUGCUCAGAUCUCAUAAAGCUUACACUCCAAACGAUGAAUGUUUCUUCAUUUUUCUGGAUGUUAGUGAUCAAUAUGUUGCUAGUGGUGCUGAGGAUAAACGUGGAUAUUUGUGGGAUCGCCAUUAUGGAAACUGCCUGGCGAAGCUGCCUCAUACAGAUGUGGUCAACUCUGUGGCUUUCAACCCUAAAGAUCCUGAAAUGCUGGUAACGGCCAGUGAUGAUUUCACCCUCAAAGUCUGGAGAUCUAGAAACCGGAUCAAGGAGCUGAAUAUUGACAUGGGAGAAGACAUGAGAAUGUGAUUUUGUUUUAGAUUUAACAAUUUAUUAUUAUUAUUAUUAUUUUAGAAUAGCAUAAGGGCUGGUUAAGAUUUUGUUUUGUUAAGCAUUUAGAUACAUUUGCCAUUUAUAAACAGCUAAAUAAAGUAAUAGAUAUCCAUCCUUACUGUAUGAAUGGACUGCAAUCACAUUACGUAAGACCAAGUUUAAUGCCCUGAAAAUGCAAAAUUAAAAUAAACUGUAUACUUAUAUGACACAGUAAGAACUCUGAUUCUUAAAAAAAAUAUGAACUUUAUGUUAAAAAUAUGAUUUGUCAUAUUGUUGCUUUUAAAUUUUGUUUAUGUAAUUUUAUUUUUUUAAAUUUUAUUUAUAUAGAGAGAACACUUACUACUCUUCAUUUUUAAAGCUGAUUGAGAUGCCCCACAUCAAAAACUUAAGGAUCAGCACAUGAAUUUAAAAAAUUCUUUUUACAGCAGAUCUGAACAUAAAUAUGAACAUAUUUUGUCAAUAAUGACUUAAUGGGAAGUAAUUCCUAAACAUUGUGUAGUUGGGCUUCCACAAAUGUAACUUUGCUCAAGGUGCUUUUGGCAUAGCAACUUAUGGCAAUCAAUGUUACUGGUAAAGCAUAAGCAUCCCACCAUUUCAGAAAGGCAAGAAAAUUGAUAAAACUAAGCAAAGUAGUUUCAACCUCAAUGUAUGUUUUUUCCCCAAUAUUCUGGGAAUUUGUUUCUCCAUUUAUUUUUAUUUCUGUUGUCUUAUAUUCUUGAAUAUUUAGAAAAAAAGUUACAAAAAUUAAAAAUAAUUUAAUUUUUCUGUCCUACUAAAGAAUUUAAUUUGACUUUAACUGUUGCAUAUAGUAUAAUCUGAAUCAAAAUUUCUCAACUAAGGGUAAUUUCAUAAA